AUGACCAAGAGCUGUCACCUCACACAGGACAAUUUCCAUGCAAGCUACCUCAAGCUUGAAAACUCAGGUGUUGUUCCAGAGACAGGAGGCGCGCUCAGAGCCAAAGUCCGCAGGAAGUUGGCCCGCCCGGGAGCCAAGCCCGAGGCUCCCCCGGGGGACACGGCGGGCCCGACCCGCGCCUCCCCAGCGCUCCCCCGCCGCCCCUUCCCAGCCUGUCCCCGCCGCCGCCCGCACCCACCGCCCCGCCGGCCUCCUCCGGGACAGCGGCGGGGAGCGGGCCGCCGCACGCCCUCCCCGGGCUCACCCGAGGGACGGGAAGGGACGGGCAGAGCCCGAGCUGGCCGCCGGCAACUUCCCCGCUCCGCCACACGUGGGGCUGAGGCGCGGGCUCCUGCCCCCGGCGCAGAGGACGUGGCAGCUCCCUCCUCUCCCCGCCGCCCCUCGCUCCCGCCCCGGCCGCAGCCGCGCCGCGCCGGAGGCUCCUCCCGGCCCCGCGCCGGAGGAUGGCGGGGCGCCCUCUGCCGCUCGCCGGGGGACCGGCUGCCCCCGGGCCUGGCCCCGGGCUCCCGGGCAGCGGCUGCGGGGCCGCCGUCCCGCCUGGCCCCGCUGCGGGAGCCCCGCCGCACGGGCGGGGAGCGGAGGGGGCAGGAGCCGCCGCCGCUCAGGGCUGCCCGGCUGGAGGGAACCCCCGGUGAGGCCAAGUUCGGGAUGGAAGCGCUAAUUGAAUUGAUGAAAGUCUGCAAUAAUGGGCUAAAAUCAAAACGGAGAGCGGUCCCCACGUCCUCCAGGAAGAGGGGCUAGCCGAGGACAGCAGCAGGACUGAAUUUCUUCAGCAACCCUGUCGCACCAAGCCCGAAUCGCUGUUAUCUCUGUACCAGCAGGACCCCAAAACACCUGUAUCUGCUUCCCGGUUUCCAUGGUUUAGGCUGGCUCCACCACAGAGGUACUCUUUCCUCUCACUGAGGAGAGGAGACCUCUCACCGAGUUCCUAAACAGACAGUGUAACUGGAAGAAAAUAAAAGACUUCAGACAUCAAA